AUGGCUGGAGUAGAAUUUUCGUCGCCGGUUAAACGAAAUAUCAAAGGAAAGGAAUUGGGAAUUGGUCAAAAGACAAUUUCAAACACAAUUGCCCAAUAUCGCGAAAACAAAACAGUGUCUUCGCCAAACAAAAUAAAAAUUUUCAAAAACGUUGAAACAAAAGUUGAUGAUUUUGAUAAAUAUGCCAUCAGAAGGAACUGUGAUCUGCUGACGUUAGAUAAAAUGUUGACGGUAGUUAAUGAAGAUAAAAGUCUACCAAAUUUCUCCCGCACAUCAUUAUAUCGAUUAAUGAAAUCAAUGGAAUUCGAAUAUGCUAAACGAGGUCGUAACAGCGCGUUACUUGAAAAAAACGAGAUAAUUCUUUGGCGAAGACAGUACAUUAGAGAUUUACGAAAAUACAGAGAAGAAGGUCGUCAAAUUUAUUUUCUCGACGAAACUUGGGUAAAUGCUGGAGAUGUUACGAGCAGAAUAUGGAGUGACAAUACUGUACAAUCUAGCCAAGACGCUUUUUCCCAGGGACUAUCAACAGGUGCAGUCAAUCCCACAGGUAAAGGGAAGCGACUCAUAGUAGUUCACAUAGGGUCCGAAGACGGAUUUGUUCCAGGUGGGCUUCUAUGUUUCGAAUCUAAAAAAAACACCCAAGACUAUCACGACGAGAUGAAUGGGGAUUCUUUUCGUGAUUGGUUGGAAGAUGUUUUGCCGAGACUCAAUGAAAAUUGUGUGAUUGUGAUGGACAACGCUCCUUAUCACUCAGUGAAAAAAAAGAAAUGUCCAACUACACAAUGGCGAAAGUCAGACAUCAUCAAUUGGCUCACAAGUAAAGGGGAGGUAAUCGAUAACUCGAUGAUAAUUCCGGAGUUAUUAGAAGUGGUAAAACGAUUGAAACCUUUGUAUUCAACCUAUGUGAUUGACGAAAUGGUUAAGGAGCAAAACAAAGUAGUCUUACGUUUACCUCCCUACCACUGUGAGCUAAAUCCUAUAGAAUUAGCUUGGUCUGUCGUCAAAAAUCACGUAAAAGCCAACAACAAAACUUUUAAGCUAGCCGACGUACAUAAUCUUCUAAUCGAAGGUACUGUAAAAGUUACUGUUGAGAUGUGGAAAAACUUUAUCAGCCACACCACGAAAGCAGAAGACAAGUUUUGGAAUAUGGACAAUUUGAUUGAUGAACUGAUGGCAGAACAACAGAGAGUUGUACUAACUAUCGGCAAUUCUGAUGACGAAGAUGAUUCUGAUUUUUAA